CCGCAGAGAGCUGUCUUGCAGAAAGGAGCAAGGUUGUGCAGCGUCGAGGGGCGGCUGGGGCGCGGUCUUGUGCUUGCUGCGCCUCAGAUCGAUGAGUUGACUGACAAACAUCAUCGCCUCCGUCCGUUCUGAGGUGCGCCAGGCAGAGAGAGAGAGGGUGGAUUGACCAUCGGUGCCGCCCUCACGUGGUGUGCGUGUUUGUGCGUCAAAUAGCGGCCUCAGAGAAGGUUUUGGCAGAGAGAGACCGAGCCGGUGAAUCAGAUCUACACUACAGAGAGAGACCGAGCCGGUGAAUCAGAUCUACACUACAGCCAUCAUGGAGGGCGGUGGACAGGUGAGGCGCAUCACAGCGCCGCUUGCAAUGGGUGGCGCAUCUCACCAAACCGGUGUUGACUGUGUUGUUGUGAGUGUCUGGGUGCAGAGCAGAAGCUCUCGCCGUGAUGACGCGCCGGCUGCUGCUGCGGCUGCUGGUGUUGCUGGUGGUGGUGACGAGGAGCGGCAGCGUCGGGCUGAGAGAGAAAGUCGCUUUUGCAAGAAGAUCAGCGACACGGUGAGCACCCCAGACACGCAAAAAGGCGAUUCCUGUCCACGGCUGCGCGCGUUUCAGGAGGGUCUUGUCAGCUACAUGAUGGCCUUCCUGCCCAUCAACCUGAUGGUGCAGCUGGCCAAGUCCGUCUGGCAGCACGGCGCGCCCGACCUCUCGGACGUCACCAUCAGCGCAGCGACCGAGGAGGAGCGGUCCUUUUGGCAACACGUCCACCUCGCCUUCGUCAACGAGCUGGCCGCCCGACUCACCCACCUCACGUCAAUCACUCUGCGGUACCCUGACUGGUUCCCCUGCUGGUGUUUCGACGUGUUUGUGGCCAUGAUCGAGGGCCACAUUGCCGGCCGACGUGCAGCCAACAUGCAGGGAGGGACCCUGCACACCAUCACCAUCGAACAGGGGGCUCGGCUGACCGGCACAGCACGGCAGACCGUCGCAAGGACUCAUCCCCCCCUCCCACCCCCUCCCACCCCGGCCCCGACCCUCAAUGCACUCACCACCAUUAGCGGCCUGACGAGGGACCAUCAGGGGCUGGCCGACCGACGCUGGGAGAUGCCCUCACUCGCCUUCGUGGAGCAGGAGGAGUGGGACAGCUGAAGGCUGGCCCCAUUCAUCAGCUCGUCCCGAUCCCUGCGGCGUGUGGACG